CGUCGUUUACCUCAAGCCCUUUCCUUCCUAUACCAACCUAACGUUGCUUCCGCCUCUCAUACCUCCCUACAUUUCGUCCGCUACCCGCAUUCGCUCCAUUCGGAAACCUGAACGAGCCAGUUUCUCAGCUAGACCUUACGAACAAACUUCACCGAAUUCCAAAUGGUCCCUGCUCGCCCAAAUACCACUGUACUUCCUCGACCUUCUCCUGCCCUACUGGGACAGGGGCUAACUCCCACACGGCUCGGCACUGCAGUGGACCAUAGCAAAUACGAUCCGGCCGAUCCAGGCUAUGGAGACUCGUUCGUGAACGAGCCGUCGGAAGAGGAUGAGAGAACACGUGCGCGGGCUGUGAACUUUGGAAAUGUUCCCGCGGUGGGAAGUAGUGAGGGUUCGGAAGUUGGGAAUGAAGACUCGAGGAAGACUGUACAUGGCACUGGGCGGACGAAUAGGUUGAGAAGUACUAUUAAGAGAACGUUGAUUCAUUGUAGAAGGAAUGUGGAAGAGGGAUCGAAAAAAUUGAAAGCAGUGAAGCGUUCUACGUUCUGCAGGACGUAUCGGAGAGUAAAGCGGAGUGUAAAAAACACGAGGCUCUACAAGAAUCUGCUUGUGAAAACGGUGAGUUCCACAAGCAUUCGCGAGCCAGCCUUGGGAUAUAGGCCGUGGCACGUUUCGACUGUCUCAAUUGCAGGGGGUGAGAUCUUGCAGCCGCACUCAUACAGACCUUGGACAAACGUGCAGUAUUCAAGAAGAGGCUCGAGAGUAUCGCUUGGACAUCUCUCAGUUGCAGAGCCGGAGACUCCUUCCAGUCAACCGGUUAGAUCCCGCUCAUCAGAUGCGGUUCGCGUGGGCGACAAAGUCGUUGAUCAGGCUGCUGUUAUUGACGAUUUGGCAGCAGUCAUUAGCACCAGGAGGGCCAGCGAGAGUUCUUACGAGAUUGAGACAGUCUCUGAUCAGUUCCGUCGUCAUACAGAAACCUACACUGCUAAAUUGGAGGAUCGGACUUGGAUGAAAUCAACGUCCAUUUCCGCACAGAUCACUGCCUUUCGUUUUUCCAGCCUCGUUCCCAUGCAUAUCGUUUCAAAAUUUGCACCCACCCACCGCGUCUGUAUAGAGACAAGCAACGACAUCAUGGUUCGAACAGACAUGGUGCAGCUCAGUCACAUCUGGAGCCAACUAGUCAAGCCCGCGCCAAUUUUGAGGACUUUGGAGCUUAACAAUCCACUACGGAUCCUGGAAGAAGCCAAAGCCGAGAUGAUCUGCAGUCUUGUUGAAGAAUGCGUUCAUCGCUGCGCACACUGGGCAAUCGCAGUGGCGACGAGCGCAAAUACUCGAGCAGGAGCCAUGAGCGACGAGUGGUGGCACAAUUUCGAAGCUCAGCUCGAUGCCAUUGGAAACCCGGAUGAAGGGUUGAUAGCACGGCAGUUGAUCGUUGUCGGACGGAAGUACGUCAAUGUCACUGCUUUGGAGUCUGUUAUCACGGCGUUGGAAGCCUUUGACACAGGCAAGAUCUUUGCAGGGUUGGCCCGUCAUGAUUCAAAGACCGGGUUCGAAGAGGCGACAAUCAUAAACUCUGCUCCGGUAUCAGAGCAAAAAGCCAAGAGGCCAGUAACUGCAGGGCCAGGUCCCCAGCCUGCUGCCCAAUUGCGAAGAUGGUCAACUGUUCCUGCCGUACGAAAGGAGACCAACGAAGAUCUUGUGCUCCCUUCCCGCAGUCUUCGUCUUGGCAAAGACAUUGCGAUUCCGUCAGAAGGAAACGAGGAAGAUGCUCAUGCUCGCGCAAAAGAUACUUCUCUAUCUUCGGACAUUCUACGCGAGUUAAGUGCAGUGUUAGAUGCCGCAGUAAAUCGCACAACAGUGCUAUCUCCAGAACCUAUGGGAAGGGAGGAUCCGCAUGUGCCGCUUCCUUUGACGAUCAGGAAAAGUCCUUCCCUGCUACCGAAGCCCAAAGUCUUCACGAUUAGACGUACCCCUCCAACGCAAGCCCAGUGGCCAGAGAAUGCAGGAAGGAAGGAAACUGGAUGGAGCGCAGCAAUUGAUCUUCCGGGCUGCGAGCCAAAAGACGUCAAAUACCCUGGCCCACCGGAAUUGUCCAACAAAGCGAAGGGGAAGCUCCUGGUUACUCGAACAGGUUGGCCUCGAACAUCGAUCACAGCCCCAAGAUCAACUUCGAAGAUCACAGAGCCACAAGUAACUCCACACAGAACUGUGUCAAUCGUAUCAGCUCCCAAGGCAUCAUUAUCGAAGGCAGCUCCUAGUAGUGCUGUCGUUAAUUCAACUUCGACGGAGCCGCGAAUGCUUCCCCAGACUCAGGUGACGAAGCAGGCCGCUUCGGCAUUCGGACCUUCACGCCAUACUGUCACUCGAGCAGAACGCUCCAUGGUAGCCGGGAGAUCUUCAGGCCAAAUUGUGAGUGCUAAUCUGAAGACGUCACAGAUGCGAUUGCGCUCCAAGGCUAUGUACCCCUCCAGUGUUCCUAAGAAGAGUGAGAGUUUGGAGACGACGGCAUCACAAUCUCUUUCAGCCGCUACUGCGCCACAUGCAGAGGCGGGAUCAAGGUCCUCCAGCCGGCCUCUGAAUGGUUGUGAUGGGCAGAUGGAACCACCGAGAAUACUUCCAACGCCUGCUGUACAUGUCACCAGUGUGAGAUCUCCGAGCUUGCAGAUCUCAAACUUGCCUUUGCCUCGUAGGAAGAUUACGUCCAAAGCAUUACCGGCAUAAGUCGCACUGUGAUGCGUAUUCUUCUGCGCAACAACUACUAGGAGCGCUCAAUUCUAUUCAGCGUGAAUGCGAGCUAGUGCCGGCUGUUGACCGCUCUACCUCAACUCACCUU